AUGGCAUUUCUAACCUCGCUUCCUUCUGACCUGUGGGUCCAAAGCUUUGUCGCCUGUGGCUUACUGCUCCUGACGAAGCUUGUCUGGGAUCAUUUGCUGUCACCUCUGAGAAGCAUUCCGGGCCCGCUGCUGGCCAAGAGUACUAAUAUCUGGCGUGCCUAUCACACACAUCAAGGAUGUGUUGAUCGCAAGCAUGUGGAGCUGCAUCGCAAGUAUGGGUCUGCUGUUCGGAUCGGACCCAACUGCGUGAGCAUUUCGGACCCCAGUUUGAUCCGCACUAUUUACUCCACGCGCAACCCAUGGAAGAAAAGUGAUAUGUACCGACCGAACGAUGUCUUGAUCGAGGGUCACCGAUUGUCCAAUCUCUUCAACACCCAAGAUGAUGAAUGGCACGACCAGAAUAUUCGUCCUAUCCGGGGUCUCUGGAGCAUGACAAAGGUCUUGGAAUAUGAACCUCUCAUCGACGAGACCUUGAACAAGUUCGUGUCAAAGCUUGCGGCUAAAUUUGUGGACGGCGCAAAUGCUGGAACUGUCUGUCCCGCAGAUGAGUGGAUUGGAUUCUUUGCUUGGGAUGUCACUGCCAACUUCAGCUUCGGGCGCCACUAUGGAUUCAUUGAUCAGGAGAAGGAUGUUGACAACCUCAUUACCGACUCGACCGAUGGUUUGAUCUACUUCGCACCAAAAACCAACCAGGUCUCCCAAAUUCCAUGGAUUGACCACCUCCUUGACAAGAACCCCAUCAAGCGAAUCGGCCCCAAGCCAACCCUAACCGGAGUCCUCUACGCCUUCAAAGUCGCCGCUGAAUACCAAGCUCAACUUGCCUCGAAGACCAUCACCGCCGGCAGCGUCGACCACACCCUUGACAAAUACGUUCAGCUGAAAGAGACCCACCCGGACAUGGUCAACGACCAACAAAUUGUAAACUGGCUGAUGCUCAGUAUCCUUGCUGGUGGCGACACAAGUUCCGCAACCAUGCGCGCCAUCGUCUACUACCUCGCCAAGUCUCCUUCAGCCACAGCAAAGCUCGUUGCCGAGCUCAAGGAAGCUACUCUCGCCACCCCUGCCCCCUGGAAGUCAAUCCGAGACCUGACCUACCUAGACGCCGUCAUCCGCGAAGCAAUGCGGGUUAACCCCGGCAUCGCUAUGAUCUUCGAGCGUGUUGUUCCGGAAGGCGGGUUCACCCUUCCUGACGGACGGUAUAUCCCAGCUGGAACUAAGGUUGGUAUCAAUCCCGCUGUGACAAACCGUGACUAUGAAGUCUUCGGAGACGACGCGGACAACUUCAACCCAGAUCGCUGGCUGCAAGGCAAGAAUGAGAGCGACGAGCACUUCGAGUCUCGUUCAAGACGCAUGAAAGAUACAGUUGACUUCGUCUUUGGUGGUGGUGGCCGGAUUUGCAUGGGUCGGUACCUGGCUGUGCUGGAGAUCAAGAAGUUGAUUGCUACUUUGUACAACUUGUUCGAUAUUCAAUUGGUGGAUCCCAAACAUGAGUGGACUUAUAGGAAUGCCUGGUUCGUGUACCAGUAUGAUAUGCCUAUGAUCAUCCGUCGUCGAUAG